AUGACGGACGGAUGCGCCUGCGGUCUUGUUGUAAACGUGUCUGAGUCCAUCAGUGGAGUGGGUGGUCGAUCUCAGGAACAAUGUGCCGGCAGAUCAUGCUACUACAAUAAGGCUAGAACUAGAUUUAGUAGAGUACAGGGUGCAUAUCUACGACGAGAGUAUCAUAUCCCAGAUAGGUACUCUUGUGUCUCAGCUGGAUCUUCUUCUCCUCCACCUGUUCUAUGCAAGCCACCAAGGCAAUUAAAGCAGAGUCGCCCUAGUCAGCCAGCUCCUUACUCACCCCCGGCGCGCGCGUUCAGUAGAGAAUCAUGA